GCGUUCACUGUACCCGGCGUCAGAUCAGCGCUAGUGUCUGGUUAACGGGUUAGUAGGACCUACUCGCGGCGUAAUAACAGCGGACUGGGAAAAUACGGAAUAUGGCUGUGACUAUGUGACGAGACGUGUGUGAGAGAGAGUGAAAGAGAAAGAAAAAUGAUACUGAAUUUUUUACUCAGCAGCCUGGAGCUGAACUGAACGACCUCGGGAAUAUACCGGAUUUAUACCGGUAUUUGUUGUCUCUGGUGUCGCUUUUUGUUCUCGCGGUCAGACACUUUCUACUUCUUAUCUUAAGAAUAACACCGUUGCCUUUUAAUGAUGUCUUUAUUUUCGUUGUUUUAUCUGUGGGUCUUUUGAAAAGAAACCAACAAACAAACAAACAAAAAAACCCCAGCAGAGCCUCGGCUAACUGUCGUGUAUCCUCACGGAAAUCCUCGGAAUAACCGACUCGUCUUUCUCAUUAGCGCUAAUUGCAGAGAAAACGGCUAAGAUUUCCAGAAGUGAACCACUUGACUCUCUCUUGCUUUCUUUUUCGUAUUGACUGUCGCAAAAAGAGAAUUUCCUCAUCAACCUCACCAAAUAGAGUAUUAUACUAAUAAAAGACGUUAUUAUUGCUGCUGUUGUUUUUAUUUUGUCCUUUGAAACAUGGCGGACCUUUUUAUAUAGCCCUUAGUUUAAGUCUGGUUUAAGUAGAUGAGGAUGAAGGUAACUACUCCAGGUGUGGUGUUAUGAGCCCUAGAUGCCAGUCACGUGCUGUGGGCGUGUCCAUCACUGCGCGUCUCCUAGGAGACUGAUGGACAAAACGGGAAUUGGAAUGUGCCUAAGUCAGCCCCAGUCCAAGUCAAAGGUCUCCGGGGUGCCAAUGCUGCGGCCUGCCCAGAGUCUGGAGGGCGUGGAGGAGAGGGACGAGGAACAAGAGGAUGAUGGAGAGGAAGAUAUGCGAGAUGGUGGGAUUCCGUUCAUCGUGAACCGGGGAGGGUUGCCAGUGAAUGAAGAAACGUGGGAGCGGAUGUGGAAACACGUGACCCGGAUUCACCCAGAAGGAGAGGAAGUGGAGAAGAGGAUCCGGGGAGCCACUGACCUGCCCAAGAUUCCUGUACCUACUGUGCCUACAUACCAGCCAACCACCAGUAUUCCACAUCGCCUGGAAGCCAUACAGACGUACAUCAGGGACUUGCAGUACAAUCAUACUGGAACCCAGUUUUUUGAGAUCAAGAAGAGCAGACCUCUCACAGCGUUAAUGGACAUAGCAAAGGAAAUGACCAGAGAAUGUCUACCAAUCAAAUGUUUGGAGGCUGUAAUCCUUGGAAUUUACCUCACCAACAGUAUGCCAACUGUGGAGCGCUUCCCCAUCAGCUUUAAAACUCAGUUCUCAGGGAGCCACUUCCGCCACAUUGUGUUGGGGAUCCACAGCGGCGGCCGGUUCGGGGCUCUCGGGAUCAGCCGGCGCGUGGAUCUGAUGUUCAAACCGCUGAAGUACCGCACACUUGCAGACCUCCUGCAGGAGUUUCAGACUGCCUAUAAGGGUUACUGGCACACACUGCGCAAAGUAAAGAUCGGCCAGUACGUGUCGCACGACCCACACAGCGUGGAGCAGAUUGAAUGGAAGCACUCGGUGUUGGAUGUUGAAAAGCUUUCGAAAGAGGAGCUGAGGAAGGAGCUGGAGAGGCAUACGCGUGACAUGAGGCUCAAGAUUGGCAAGCCUGCACCUGUUUCACCCACCAAGGACAGAAGGAAAGACAUGGGAUCUCCUCUUCGUAACCCAGGCAGCCCCAUGCGCAAGAACAGCCGCAGUGAGAGGAGGCUAUCAGGUGAGAAGAAGUCUCUGGAUCCAAAACCCCCAGCUGAUAUGAACGGAUACCAGAUCAGGGUGUGAGCGAGGUCUCCUAUGUUUGAACCAUACAAUUCACAACAAACUGCCUGGCAGCCAAACCCGUUCUGAGUAGAUAAACUGACACAGGACAAAGUCUGAAGAAGAAAUUUUAAAGGACAAAAAUGCUUUUAAACACAUGGGACAACACAUCAUGGGUGAACUCCUGUCACAAAAUAGUAGUAGUGUAAAACUUUGCUAACGUGAUGCCAUGUCACUUGUAACAAAUCAGCUGAGCAGCUCCACUUCAAGCAACCAGUUUUGUAGAGACUCGACCGAGUUGUAAAUUCACUGCACUCAGCUACUUCCUAACUGUGUAAAUAUGGCAGUGUGCGUA